AUGGCGCCGGUUAAGAAAAAGAAUGCUCGAUAUAAAAAUAAAAUAAUAGACUAUAAAUCAUUAAAAAUUAGUGAUGUGUUGUGCCCAAUAUGUAGGUCGAUAAUCAUAGAACCAGUAUCGUUACCGUGCCAUCAUUUAUUUUGCUUUAAAUGUUUCAAUUGUACGAUUGAAAACAACAGUCUUUCUUGCCCUAUCUGUCGUCUUAGAAUUGGUUCAUGGCUGAGAUCAGCCUCAAAAACUGGAGGAAUAGUUAAUAGUGAAUUGUGGGAAUACAUUAAAAGUAAUUUUAAGGCAGAAGUUGAAGCUAAAUUCAAGGGAUGUGAACUGACGACGAGCAGUACUAAUGAGCCUAUAGAAUUGAAGUUAGCUGCACCAGGAGAAAUUAGAGAAGAAUACCAGAAACAAUUGUCUGUGCAGAAAGAGAUUUAUAGAUUGGAAAGAGAAAAAGAAGAUAAAUUAAGCCAAGAAUUACUGAAGAAGCUUCAGGAGCAAGAAGAGCUAAACAGAAUUAAAUAUGAAGAAACUAUUAAGAAAGAUGAAGAAAUUGCAAAAAGAUUGGCCGAUUCGUUAUCAAAUACAUCUUUGCUUGCUAAUAAAUCCUCUAGUUCAAAUGGUUCAUCCCAAGAAACAAAAGUAAUAAAAUACCCACAGCCCCGACAGGCGCUCCCAACAAAUAUUAUAUACAAUUAUGACUAUAACAUUAAGAAAAUUCAAAGCAAUAAUGUAGGAAAAAAUUUUGGAACACAAGUGAAUGCUGUAAAUCCUCAAACAAGUUGUGAACAAAGCAAGCUUCCAACAUCUGCAUCGAAAUAUGAUUGCUUAAUUAAAAGCUUUUCAAUGAAAUUAGCACAAGGAAAAGAUGUCAUGAAGCAAGGUUCGCCAAAAACUCAACAACUUCAUGCAAUGUCUUUAUUACAAGAACUUGGUCAAACUUAUGAUGAUAAUGAUGAGUUUGCAAAAAAAUAUGAUAGCAUCACACAAGAACUGUGCCAUUUCAAACCAAUUAAAACUGCUCUCAUAACCAAAAGAAGAUUGGUGAAUGGAAAACCUGUUAUCAAUCCUUUGGCAAUUAGUCCACCAAGAAGGCCUAUACCUAGAACUCAGAAACUUAGUAUAAAUGAAGUUACUACCUUUACUUUGAAGGGAACUAAAGUAUUAAAAUACUCAGGAGCAGGCUCAGCUUUUGCUGCUCAUCCUACAAUUUAUUUCUGUAAUAACUUAGUAAUAUCUGGAUAUGAAGAAAAAGGAUCAAAUAAUUCAAAUUUAAUCAGAAGCAAAAAGAGAUUAUUUGAUAAUACUGAUCAAAAUAAAAAUAUCAAACAACCUAAAAUACAGUCAGAUGAUGAGAUAAUUGAAUUACCUGCAAAUUCUGAAACAACUGAAUCAGAAUUAACUCUAAACUUUGUAAAUACUCCCAAGAAAACUUAUUCUAAUAUACGAGUAAAAUAUAACUCAAAAUCUCCUAAAAAAUCUAAAUCUAGCGCCAAAGACUUAUUUGGUAUCAAACCUUUUGAACGUUUAACUAACAUGAAAUUUUCUGAUGAUUUCAAACCUCUUGGAACUUGUGAAGAUUUUCAAGAUACUGAAAAUAGUAAUGAUGAUGCAUUUAAUAAAAAAUUGAUUCAAGAGCAAAAAGACUUGGAAUUUGCAAAAAAACUACAAGAUUACCUCAACAAAUGUGAUAAUGAUGAUAGACCAUAUACAUUACGUAAGAAUAACACCAAAAAUAAUUAUUUGGUAAGUGAUUAUAAACGCGGUACAAGGACUAGUCCAAGAAAAAGACAAACUACACUUGAUAGUAUUUUUUUAUCUACUCACAAGUAAAUAUAUAGGAUAUAGGAUAAGAAUUAAAAAUAGUAUUA